AUGAACGCCUCACGCCCAUCAGAAGCGGUCAAUCACCCAAACGGUGUAACGAAUGGCUCUCACACCGUAGCCACAAACGGAAUUGCCAAUGGGAUGAAAAGUUUUCCCACGUCAGGCUUGAGAUAUGGCAUGUUUUCCAACUGGAAGCCUCAUUCCAAGAAGAAGGACGACCGUGAGGAAGCGCUCGAAGUGAUUCGAAAUGGAUUGCCCAAGAUGACCAGAGUCAAGGCUGUUCUUGGGUUGGAUAUUGGUUUGGAAAGUGGGCCAAUCUACAUUGACACGCGAGAGGAGCCUCGGAUCCUGCAGAAAUUUGAUGGAGAGCCUGACUGCCGCGUGAAAAUCAAGCCUCGCUAUAUCAUUGCCUUCGCUCAGGGUCUGCUGGAGCCGCGAUUUGCUCUGUUCAAGGACGGCUUCUUCGAUGAAUCGACGCUACCAAAAGGCGAUAUCAAGGUUGCGGUCAAAUUCGCCGACGCCCUUUGCCCUGUGGAUCCAGUACACCCUGCUUCACCCAAGCCUGGAGCCAGGUUGCCUACUCCAACCGAAGAUAUCGAUCAGGUCAGGCGAGACCUGAAAGAGUUUGGCUACGGGUUGGUGAAAAACGCUUUGACCCGAGAUCAAGUCGAUGUUCUGGCGGAAGCCAUUCGUCAACAAGGAUGUGGGGAGGUGGAAGCCGGGGUUGCUGCGAGAGACGGGGGCCCAAACGGGCCCAAUCAAAGGAUCUGGACGUUGAUCAAUAAAGGACAGGAGUUUCUUGAUCUGCUAGAACAUCCCCUUAUUGAUGAAGUCAUUCCGGAAAACUUGGGCGAUCACUUCCUGGUCCACAGCUAUAGUGCGAAUAUUGCACGGCCAGGCAAUACGCCCAUGAUGUUGCAUACCGACCAGGUUGGCAUUCAACCGCCAGUCCGGAACGUGUACUUCGGCAUCAAUAUCAUGUGGUUCUUGACCGAUGUCACGGCAGAGAAUGGUGGAACGCGGGUAUUUCCAGGCAGUCACCUCGGUGCCAUUGCUCCAGAUGAUCCUUUCAAUAUAGACGGUACAGUAGCGGCAGAAGGGCCAGCAGGGACAGCACUCGUCUUCGAAAGUCGACUUUGGCACGCCACAGGUCCAAAUAGGAUGACGAGCGGGGAGCGGCCGGUGAUUCUGAUGUUCUUCAUGCGGUCGUUCAUCCGGCAACAGGAAAACAACUUCCUGUCAAUCAGGCCCGAAGUCGAGGCCACCAUGUCGGACCGUGUUCGGAGGAUGAUGGGAUGGUGUACAGAUGGGGCAUUUGGCGGCAUCGAGGGGGAGAUUAGGGAAGGUCAGUUUGUCAAGAAGAUCGCCAACCCGGUUGGACCUUUCAGGGACUCACACCGAUAUACACCAUUCCGAAUGGAUACGAGAGCAAAUGCUGCGAGUGGUGUGCGUACUGCCGAGCUUGUUGGAAACCGAGCCAUAUAG